AUGCACGACACUGUUUGCAACGUUAAAGCUAGUGAACUAGAAAUGCAAGAUUUAGUUCACAUGUCUGACGCGUGCAAGGCUGAAUCAAAUCACGAGAUAAUCACGCAUGACGCGUGCGACAAACACAGUGUGCAAGAAUGUAAAGACUGUAUGGACAAUUUGACAGCUGGAGGAGACAAAGUUCGGAUAAAGCCGCAAGCAAAAUGGCACCUUCUAUCUCGUUUAGAACUUCCUGAUUGGUUACGUGGUAAUCCCUUUUUAUCGCACUACCAUAGACCUCCUAUGCCGUCUUUUGGAUUUUGUUUUAAAAGCAUAUUUAAGGUGCACACAGAAACUGGAAAUAUAUGGACGCAUUUGAUUGGAUUUAUAGCCUUUGUUUCCAUCGCACUGUACAUGUUUCUUCGACCAAUUUCCGCUUCCAGUCCAUUUCCCAAAGACUGGCAGGAAAAGUUGGUGUUUGGAAUUUUUUUCGCUUGCGGUAUUAUAUGUCUCGGUUUUUCAUGGAUUUUUCACACUGUUCAUUGUCACUCUAAGACAGUGUCGACGAUUUUUCGCAGGUAGGUAAUAAUUCUAUGUAAUAAAAAAACACUUGCUCCUUUGGAGGAUGGGGUUGUUAAAAAAAGCCGGCUCUUCCUUGUAAUUUGUUGAAGGACACAUUUUGGAAUCCAAGGACCAGACAGGAGUACGAGAAGAAGUGUGACGUCACGUUACCAUGGUAGACUUGAUGACUUGACUUUGUAUCAUCUGAUUUUAUCAACAGCCUUGACUAUGCUGGUAUCGUAGUGUUCAUCAUGGGUUCAUUCAUCCCUCCACUUUAUUACGCGUUCUACUGCUCGAGAAUUCUAAAGAUUGUUUACAUGUCCCUGACCUGUUCUCUUGGUGUUAUGUGUAUUAUUGUUUCAUUGUGGGGCAAGUUCAAGAAAUCUAAGUAUCGAAUAUUUAGAGCAGGUAAGUGGAAUUGAUAGAAGGAAGUCAAAAAGAACCUGAAAGGGUUGGUGGACAAUUGUGAUAUUUUGUUUGGCAAAGAAUUUGUUUUCCAAGCCUUCUACUGAUGUUAUCGGAGAUGAUUCCAAUUCUUUGGGUAUACAAAAUAAGAAUAUACUAGUCUUAACUCCAUGUAAGAUUUUUUUCCUGGACUCUUUCAGAUUUUUUCUCAAAAAUUAUUGAGCCCCUUCCUCAAAAGUAAAAGUUUCUCUCCUAAAGUUAAGUAUAAUAAUGACUGUUUAUUAAGACUCAUCGCAGCAAUAUUCAGAAUGGCUGAAUUACGGAGCUAUUUACAAAACAUAUAAUACUAAAAUAUAAUACAAUAAAUCCAAUAAAUACUAGAAAAUAUAAUUGUACAAGCCACUAGGCAUACUUAUGCAUGACAAACUCUUGCGUGCGCUUGGUCCUACAGGUAGGACGCGUGGAGCGGCUAAUGCCAGAUCUAAGAUUAUAAUUAUGCACAACCUCCUCCUGUUUGGGGAGCAUAAAAUGCAAGGGGUGAUUCUCAUUCCGGAGGCUAUCAAUAUAAACCUGGCAUAGAUGGGCGCGUCUGACACUUAGAGUUGAUUAAGGGCAUUUAAUGCCUCGUUGUUAUUCAUUAAAGGAAAAAUGAUGCGCAUAGCCCUUUUCUGAAUGCUCUCAAUCUUAUUCAAGAACAGGACGAACAAUGGUUGUAUAAACCUUAGCCAGUGAAGUAUGGAUUUAUGGAUUUCUUUGCAAUUGUUCUAAGACUAGUUUAUUGUUGUAAGUAAAUUAAAAAUUUGCAACGGGAGAUUCGCUUUUAGCCUCGGCUAAAUCUAUAUAGUAUAAGGAAGUCAAAAGGAAGCUGAGUCCUUUUUGACGAGGUGGGGUCAUUUCAAGUCUAUGUGUGUAACAUUUUCUAUACUGUGGACAAGUUCAAUUUGAACCUUAGCUCCAAACAAAUGUCAGUGCAAGUAAGUUAACAGGAGGAGGUCAACAACUUUCAAAAAGAACAUGCAAACAUCACGAAUCAAAAAAGCGCCAAUUAUGCUUAGCGUCUUCACAGUCCAUGAAAUCACGGCUUAACCGACCGACGAGUUUAAUAGCACUUUUACCAAGACCAAAACUGAAGCAAUCGGUGCAUAUCCACUUUCGAAAAAGCCAGUCACUGCAUGUCUUUAAAAAAAAUCCUUGCUCCCCUAUGGGAAGAUACGUCUCUGGAGCUCGGUAAGGCCCGGUUCGGACGCCGCCCCACUCAUGCGCCAAACCUAACUAAUCAAUUAAGAACGGCAAAGGAGCGCCGUCUGGUGUUAGGUGCGGCAAAAGUUCGACAGUCUGUCGCACUUUUGUCGAACUUAACUUAGCCUCGACACCCGGUGCGCCGUCUGAAUCACAUGUCGCGCCAGUGUCGCUCCAAAGUCGAACUUAUUCAGUUAGGCUCGGCAAAUGAAAAGAACGGCGUCUGAACCAGGCCUAACAUAAUAAAAAGACAACAGGGUAGUAUUCCUAUAGUAUUUUAGGUCUUCGUAGAUACUAAGUUGAGGCGGCAUAACGCUCUCCAGACGUAUUUUAAGUCCGAUGGACAGUGACCGACUCUAUAUAAUACAAACAGCGACACACAUGAGUAUUCAUCCUUAAAUCUACAAGUAGGGUUUGGUGACAAAAAAAGAAGUAUAGUACACGUAAGCUAAACGGAAAGAAAUGUUUGGAGUCCAACUACGUAAACUAUUUUAUUUCAGGGCUGUUGAUUGCCUUCGGUUGGUCAGGUGUUAUUCCUGCAGUCCACCUUGUGUCAACGCAUGAAGCCACUCUUGUCAUGCGUCAAGUGGCAGUGGAAUGGAUAAUUUUGAUGUCUUUCUUGUACACUGCUAGUGCUGUCACUUAUGCAACGAGGAUUCCGGAGAGGUUCUUUCCCGGAAAAUGUGACAUAUGGGUAAGCUAUUUUUACAACGUUGAAAAAUUUCAAUCUUAAGAGCACAGAACUGAUUAACGAAUAAAUGUUCUGUCAGCUUCCAUUUUCUAAAAGGCAAUACCCAAAAUAACGUUGUUUACAGAAGGUAAAUUUACAGUUCCCAGAAAUGAUAAACUUGUGUCCCUCGAAGUGCUCCCACCCCCGUCUCAACUAUAAACUGAAGGCACUUUUGCAGCGAAUUGUAAGUUGGAAUGUUGGUAAUUGAGGAGAAGGGAAAACAGGGCUACCAGGAUAAAAACCUAACAGAACGGAGAUGAGAACUAACAACCACAACGCCUGGACUCGAACCCACUGCAGGUCAGAUUGGUGGGAGGCCUGUGCUUUCACCACUGCGCCACCUUUGCACUCCAAAACCGCAUUAAGUUGAGUAGACCCCUAAAUGCACGCUGAUACGUCGCCGAAUGCCAGCCAAAACGCUUUCGGUGUUCUUCCACAAAGCCCAGAGGACUGUCUUAACGUCCACUUUCCUUUAGACUUGUGAAAACAAACUUGAUCACAAUUAAUAAAAUUAGUCAUUCUAUCAAAUAGACGUUUCUUCUGUUCCAUUCCUUUAGUUCCAAAGCCAUCAAAUCUUCCAUGUGCUGGUGGUGAUCGCAGCCUUUGUUCAUUUCUACGGCAUUUGUCAAAUGGCGUAUUACAGGUUUGACCAGGGAUCGAGUUGUACAAACUGACUUAAUUCGCGUGAGAAGGUCACGAAUUUCAGCUGUUAAAUGACACGCUUGGAUGUGCACACCAAGACUUUGCCUUGAGGGUUAAGAAAACCAUUUGACUUUAUCUGCCUGUUUACAUUAUGGUGCCUCAUAUGGCGGCCACUUUGGUGACGUCACAGGUCUUCAGCAGAGCCAUGUUUCAAUAGAGCAUUCUCACUCACGUGACCAGCAUCUAUUUAUGCAUAUGCAUUAUUGCAACAAAAGGAGGCGUUUACAUAAGAAAAGAUUCUACUCCCACAAGAUUGGUUUGGGACACCAACAUGGCCGCCGUUUCAUUGUCUUGGAAACCAAUAUGGCCGCCGUGACGUCAUGUAAAAAACAGCUUCAUAUAUUCAGAUCAUCUUGUAGAGCUCGUCACAAGCGAUGGUCCACGGUCACCUAAACAUCAAACUUUUAAAAUAUUGUGCACAACACCAUAGGCAUGAGGGCAAUUUAUAGAACAAAGACAAUGAUACUUUUCGAUAUCAGUCGAUAACUGAUCUACGUAAAUGUUUACAAUAUGCAUUUCGCCCCAUGAAAGGGAGUCCGGAUUCCAGACUCCAGCAAUUUUUUGCUUGUUGGAUCAGGAGUCCGGGAAGGUUUUGCUAGUGGAAUCCGGAAUCCUGAGACUUGGGAAUCCGGAAUACAGCUCAAGGAAUCCGGAAUCUCAGAAACGAUUGAGAUACGAAAUUCAAGUUCCACUGACAAAGACCAGGCACGUAACCAGCCCAGAGGCCUGUAGGCCAGGGCCUAUAAAUUUUUGGUUUGAUCACUUUAGCGCUUGUAAUAAAUUAUGCGUUGUUGGGGUGAGCUAAAAAGCUUAAGAGCUCAAAGUGUUGGUGAGGUCAGUGCGUACUAGUCAUGCGUGG